CAAACCUCACGUCAUCCUCACUAUAUAUACUCCCCCCACCCUCGGUUUUGGCCUCUCCUUACUGCUCUCCCCCUCUCUGUUGGCCGCGAAGAAGACGACUUAGGAAGAUCGGACCCGUCGUUCUCGGAGGUUGGCCUCGGUGCGAUCUCUGAGACCUAGCGAUCAUCUCGUCUAUCUCUUCGCUGUCACGGUUUGAAAUUGUAAAAGAUGGCCGAUGCUGAGGAUAUUCAGCCCCUAGUCUGUGACAAUGGUACUGGAAUGGUGAAGGCUGGGUUUGCUGGCGAUGAUGCACCUAGGGCAGUCUUCCCCAGUAUCGUUGGCCGACCUAGGCACACCGGUGUUAUGGUUGGUAUGGGUCAGAAGGAUGCAUAUGUUGGUGAUGAAGCCCAAUCUAAGAGAGGUAUACUCACCUUGAAGUAUCCCAUCGAGCACGGUAUAGUGAGCAACUGGGAUGACAUGGAAAAGAUCUGGCAUCACACUUUCUACAAUGAGCUCCGUGUGGCUCCUGAAGAGCACCCUGUUCUUCUUACGGAAGCUCCUCUCAACCCCAAGGCCAACAGAGAGAAGAUGACUCAGAUUAUGUUUGAGACAUUCAAUGUGCCCGCCAUGUAUGUUGCCAUUCAGGCCGUUCUGUCCCUGUAUGCCAGUGGUCGUACAACUGGUAUCGUGCUUGAUUCUGGUGAUGGUGUGAGCCACACGGUCCCCAUUUACGAGGGUUAUGCUCUGCCCCAUGCUAUCCUCCGUCUUGACCUUGCUGGUCGUGACCUCACUGAUGCUCUAAUGAAGAUUCUAACUGAGAGAGGUUACAUGUUCACCACCACCGCCGAGCGGGAAAUUGUCCGUGACAUGAAGGAGAAACUUGCAUAUGUCGCCCUCGACUACGAACAGGAGCUCGAGACCGCUAAGAGCAGCUCAUCAGUUGAGAAGAACUACGAGCUGCCCGAUGGACAAGUCAUCACCAUCGGUGCGGAGAGGUUCCGCUGCCCAGAAGUCCUCUUCCAGCCCUCGCUGAUCGGCAUGGAAGCUGCUGGAAUCCACGAGACUACCUACAACUCCAUCAUGAAGUGUGAUGUGGAUAUCAGGAAGGACCUGUACGGUAACAUUGUUCUCAGUGGUGGGUCCACCAUGUUCCCUGGUAUUGCUGACAGGAUGAGCAAGGAGAUCACUGCUCUUGCGCCAAGUAGCAUGAAGAUUAAGGUGGUGGCUCCGCCCGAGAGAAAGUACAGUGUCUGGAUCGGAGGAUCGAUCCUCGCAUCUCUCAGCACCUUCCAGCAGAUGUGGAUCUCCAAGGGUGAGUACGAUGAGUCGGGUCCAUCAAUCGUCCACAGGAAGUGCUUCUAAAGCCAAAAUGAAUUUUUCCGGUGGUGAGUUAAGUUUUUUCUCUGCAUCUAGUUGCCUUCUUUGUAUAAUGUGUCAUUUGGAACUCUCAAAAGUUUGUUUAAGAUGAUAUGAGCUUUGAGAUUUGAGAUAAGUUGGUGGUCAGGUGAAGUGGAGGGAGGGCAUGUUCUAGUCCAGAAAAAGAAAAUGUAUUACAUACUGUAGCUCUCUAUGCUUGUAAUUCACUGCAAUUUUACCAGCCUUUCGUAUUAGAAGCCAAAAGAAAAAAGGGGAAAAAAGAGAGAGCUUGUAAUGGGUCUUUUUCUCUGUAUUCGGGUCGGUUGGCAGACAAUUGGGGGGGAUUUGAAGUCGGAUUUUUCACCCGGCAACUGAUCUGGUUGGGCUUUCUUUCUGUAGGGGGAAUGUUUGUAGCAGGAGAUUGGAUUGUGAUAUGUUUUUUCAAUUUCUUCUUUGACUUAUUUCUUCAAUUUAAGAUUUAAGAUAUGAUUUUUCAUAAUCUUGGCUCCCAGAAUUAUAUUACAUAUGCUUAUGGUAAUAUUAUAAAUGUAUUACAGAAUAUUGAGAAUUAGAAGCUA